AUGAGCUCAAUUGUCAGCAACAGUUCGAGCACCGCGUGGGUCGCAGAAGCGCAGACCGGCGCCUUUUUCGGUUCUGGAGCCGGUAUCCACAAAAUUGUGGAUGUAAUCCAGCAGUUGUCGUAUUGGAAAUUGUUUUUGAGUAUCGUUUUUGUGGGUCUGGCAUGGGAUCAAAUAUCUUACCAAUUGAAGAAGGGCAGCAUUGAGGGACCUCAAUUCAAGAUGUGGCCGAUCAUUGGACCAUUUUUAGAGUCUUUGGACCCCAAAUUUGAAGAAUAUAAAGCCAAAUGGGAUUCUGGUCCCCUGUCAUGCGUUUCCAUUUUCCACAAAUUCGUUGUUAUCGCUUCGACCAGAGACUUGGCCCGCAAAAUCCUUCAAAGCUCCAAAUACGUCAAGCCCUGCGUGGUGGAUGUGGCUGUCAAAAUCUUGAGACCUUCCAACUGGGUGUUCUUGGACGGCAAAGCCCACGUUGACUACCGUAAAUCGCUAAACGGACUUUUCACCAAAUCCGCGCUUUCACAGUACCUGGGAACUCAAGAAUUGGUCAUGGACAAGUACCUAGAGAAGUUUGUCGAGUUUUCAAAGGAAAAAGACUUCAAACCAAGAGUUUUUUUCCAUGAAAUGAGAGAAAUCAUGUGUGCCUUGUCUCUGAAGGCCUUUUGUGGAGACUAUAUCACAGAAGACCAAAUCAGAAAAGUGGCUGACGACUAUUACCUGGUCACUGCUGCUUUGGAACUAGUUAAUUUCCCUAUCAUCUUGCCUUACACCAAGACAUGGUACGGACGCAAAACCGCUGACAUGACAAUGAAGAUUUUCGAAAAAUGCGCCCAAAUGGCCAAAGAUCACAUUGCAGCAGGUGGAGAAUCCAACUGUGUCAUGGACAACUGGUGUAAGUUGAUGCACGACGCUAAGACUAAAGAUGACGAAAAUUCCAGACUACUCCACAGAGAGUUUUCAAACAGAGAAAUCUCUGAGGCCGUGUUUACCUUCUUGUUUGCAUCUCAAGAUGCGUCUUCAUCUCUAGCAUGCUGGUUGUUUCAAAUUGUCGCCGACAGACCUGAUGUCAUGGAGAAGAUCAGAGAAGAGCAAUUGCAGGUACGUGACAACGAUCCUUCGAAGCCACUCUCUUUGCCUUUGAUCGAAGACAUGAAAUAUACUUACAUGGUUGUCAAGGAAGCUUUGCGUUACAGACCUCCAGUCAUUAUGGUACCAUACAUGGUCAAGGAAAAAUUCCCUGUCGCACCUAACUACACAGCCCCCAAGGGAGCAAUGCUCAUCCCAACUUUGUACCCAGCUUUGCAUGACCCUGAAGUUUAUGAAAACCCAGAAGAGUUCAUCCCAGAAAGAUGGGUUGAAGGUUCUCCUGCCAACGAAGCGAAAAAGAACUGGCUCGUCUUCGGUUCCGGACCACAUGUAUGCUUGGGGCAAACUUACGUUAUGAUGACUUUCACGGCACUCAUUGGUAAAUUUGCCAUGUACACCGACUGGAAACAUGAAGUUACACCAUUAAGUGAAAAGAUCAAAGUGUUUGCCACUAUUUUCCCUAAAGACGAUCUGCUCUUGGCAUUCAAAAAAAGAGAUCCACUAACUGGAAAAAUUGAAGCUUAG